GCAAUGCAGCGCUCUACUGUUUUACUUUUUGACGUUUAAAAAGUGACAUUUAAUGGCUGCCGUUCAGCACACGGAAAAUUAUUUUUAGCCAGUGGGAGGUUUCUUGUGUCAAGUGAAAAUAAUUUAUACAAUUGAUUCUUUAAAAUAAAUGUGCUUCUAAAAGUUUCUGUUAUGUCUAACGCAGCGGCAGCACAAUGGGUGAAGUUCUUCAAUGCCUCUGGCAUACCAUCCCCGGCGGCAGCAACUUACGCACACAUAUUUGUCGAGAAUCGCAUACAAAAUGACAUGCUUAUGGAUCUCAAUAAAGAAUAUCUGCGGGAAAUGGGCAUAACCCCAAUGGGCGACAUAAUUGCCAUAUUAAGGCAUGCUAAGAAUGUUAGUGAUCAAACUGCUCGCGAAAAGGUUCUGACAAAUUCAGAAAUGUGUGUACCAAUCGCGGCUGUCCCUGCAAAUCCUCAUUCAUCGCAUGAGCGUCCCUCAACAACUACCAAAGUUAAACUAAAGUCGGUACCCGUAACAUCAAGCACUUCAAUCAGCGCUAACAAUCGAGCUCGCAUCAAGACUUCCGAAGACAUUGAAGCAUUACUUCCCAAACAACCGCGACGAGUUUUAACCGAACAUGAGGGGAAAUACCAAAUAAAAGUUCCUCCCUCUGGCAGUACAAAGCGCAGCAAGGAUAUACUUCGGAAAAACGAAAAAUUGUAUUCGGAUCGUGAAAGCACGCAACGUCCUCAAGUUUUUGAACGUCUAGCUAAAAACUCUGCUUCGACUAUAGAUUUGGCCAACGAUGAUACAGAUGAUGGUGAAAUUAGCAGCAGUAGUACUAGUAGCAAUUUACAGAGUGGUACUAUUCGCAAUGUACGAGUACGGAUUACUGGCGUCGAUGGAAGUAAUAAGACAACCAGCAGUUCAUCUAUAUUUUCCCGUUUGGGUGGGAAAACACAAGGAGAUUCAGAUGAUGAGUUAGUAAUUGCAAAACAUAUUAAACCAAUACUUAAAAAUGCACCGAAAACAAUCAAUCGUUCUGCAAUUGUUAAAGCUAAGGCUGUGGCCUCAAGUGUGUCCCCAGUGCGUUUGAAUCCACAAAAGCAAAAGGUCAUACUAGUAAAGAAGGUGCCAUUAAAAACUAACGAAAGUGAUGACGACGAUAACGAUUCUAUGACUAGUGUUAAUGAAGUGGAUAUGGAUGAUAUUGUCACUAGUUCGAAUGCUGUAAGCAGCAGCGAAAAGAUAGUGAAAUUCGCUUCCACAGCAGAGGUGCAUGAAAUAGUACCGGAGCCCCGAUAUAAAAAAAUACCUAAGGAGCGAAAUUAUAAAGCAAGCGGUGGAGGAAAUGCUGCAGGCGGCGUUAAGUCGAGGCUGGGUUUAAAUACAGUCUUACAUACCACAAAGAAAACAUAUAACUUAAAAGCUGCCAGUAGUGCAAAUGCAAAAUCUCGUCUCAGCCCAGUUAAAAUUAAAUCUAUGCGUUUAAAGUCGGACGAGAUUUUAAUGCGCCAAGAAUUACCAGUACAUCGUCGAUUAGGUGGACCCAGUAACAUAAGUAGUACUACCAUGCAAGGAAAAACGGUCUCAGCACUUUCGAAGCGAAUCGGCAAAGUGAACAUCUCGAAGAACUCGCCUACCUUACAAAGAAAAACACAACAAAAGAGUUAUGCAUCAGUUUUUGAUCGCUUGGGUUUUAAUAGUUAAGUCUUUCUUAAGAACAUACAUAUACAUUAGAUCGGUCUAAAAAUACGCAGGAAACACACUUUUUGUUAUUUUAUUGCUGCGGCCCCAGAAGUAAA